UCUCUCAUGAGAGCAGAAGCUAACGGGAGGGGAUUAACUGUACCCGUUGAUGAUCUUUGUCUCGGAAACAGCGCUCAAAUGGAAUGAACAUCCUAAAUCUUGUUGAAUAUGUUUGUUUCCAUAACACCUAGUUUAAGAGAGCACUGUCACUGACAGCUGCUGAGCUCCUGGACAAGAUUGACCUGCGUGCAAAAAACCAAGGUGUGACGACAAAGGUCUAUGUCAAAGGUUUCUGCUGCACGCCAGUUUGUUCUAUAUGUUUAUGAAUGAGUGGCAAAGCAGCUGGAAGUUCUAACGUGAUGCCAAGAUGCUGCUGUCCCUGGGAAUGCUGAUGCUGUCGGCCACACAGAUUUACACAAUCUUCACUGUCCAAAUCUUCGCCUUCCUCAACCUGCUGCCUGUGGAGGCGGACAUUGCUGCUUAUUCAUUUGACAACAAAACGGAGAACUUUGAUGAUCUGCCUGCACGGUUUGGCUACCGGCUCCCCAGCAAUGGACUGAAGGGCUUCUUGAUUGGUGCUCGGCCAGAAAAUGCUUGUGAGCCCAUUGAACCCCCUCCGAGGGACAACUUGACUGGUGCCUUCAUUGUCCUCAUCAAGCGAUUUGACUGCAACUUUGAUGUCAAGGUCCUCAAUGCCCAGAAAGCUGGGUACAAGGCAGCCAUUGUUCACAAUGUGGACUCUGAUGACUUAAUCGGCAUGGGAUCCAAUGAUGUGGAUGUUAUGAAGCAGAUAGUCAUUCCCUCUGUGUUUGUGAGUGAGGAGACUGCCAACUCCCUGAAAGAUGACUACAUGUAUGACAAAGGGGGACAUGUGGUCCUCGUGCCAGACUUCAGCCUGCCACUGGAAUACUAUCUGAUUCCCUUCCUCAUCAUUGUGGGAAUCUGCCUUAUACUCAUUGUUGUUUUCAUGAUCACCAAGUUUGUCCAGGAUCGACACAGAGCUCAGAGGAGCCGACUGCGCAAAGAUCAGCUCAAGAAACUUCCCAUCCACAAGUACAAGAAAGGGGAUAGCUAUGAUGUAUGCGCCAUCUGUCUGGAUGAAUAUGAAGAAGGAGACAAACUCAGAGUCCUGCCAUGUUCUCAUGCCUACCACAGUAAGUGUGUGGACCCCUGGCUAACCAAAACUAAGAAGACUUGUCCAGUGUGCAAACAGAAGGUGGUCCCCUCACAGGGUGACUCUGACUCCGAUUCUGAGGAGGGGGAUAGCGGCCCUGAUGAGAACGAGGAGGUGUCAGAGAGCACCCCGCUGCUUCGCUCCCUGGCCUCGACCAGCGCUCAUUCCUUUGGCACCAUGUCUGGAACAUCUCGCUCAGAGCAUGACCGGGACUCCUCCGAGUACGAGGAUGAUGAGUUGGACAGCAGCGACAGCGGGGAGGUUACUGUGGAGACGGUAGUGGUGCAGUUGCAACAGCCCUGCUCUGAAGGCAACGAGCAUGACCUUCCUCAAGUGUGACUUAUGUUGGCACGGCCACAUCAGUCCCCCCCAGCAAGAGAGACUUUUAUGGGGGGUAUAAAACAGAUUAAUCAUCUAAUUUUUUUCUGUCACUGCUUACAGUGCAUUGUAAUGUUAUCUUCCUUACGAGUUUAAAGACAGGUUUUCUUUUCAACACAAUUAUGGAUUAAAGCACUGAGUUUUGUGUACGACAGGAAGUCAGUCUGCACAUCUUACGAGCUGCUCAGUCAAUUUGACACCACUGACAGUAUGUACAGUAGACGGCUAUAGUGGUUAGUCAUCCACAACACAGGUCAGCGCGCAGUAAACAUACUGUGUAUAUAUGCCAGACAAUAUAUGUAUAUACACACCAUUAAGUUGCGUCUUUACCUUUGGUUAUUGUGUAUCCUACAUGUACAUACACUGCUAUGCACCAUAUUUUUUGUAAAAUACGGAAUACUAUCAAAACACACCAAUAUGGGUUUGUCAGUGGAUUUCUCUGCUGAAGUUUGAAGGAGCUGAGCAGCUUCUGUGUUUCGUGCCACAGCUCAUUUGUUAGUGAGGCCAAAGUGGUUUGAUGACCCAUUCGAAGGAGAGAAUGUGGCUUAAUUUUAAUUGUGGACAAAGUGUGUUCACACUGUCUGGUGAACUUCCUUAAGCUGCUCCGCCACAAGUGGUUACCUAUCAAUAGACCUUAUAAUACACAUUUACCAUCAUCUCAUUUUAAUUUGCUUUAUAGUAAAUAUGGAGGAUUUUUUUCCUCAUCUUCCCUGAUCUGCAUUUUCGUGCUCAUUUGUCCGUCCGCUGUACAAAUUCACGUCAAUAAAAUUUUAAUAAGGAAACCAAUUAACCGUUUAAUCGCAACACAGUCCAACACUCCAUUGACCUUGUCUGACACAGAAGCCCAUUUGUCCUUUAAAAAAAAAAAAAAAAAAAAGAUGAAAUUCCAGUUUUGAAUCAAUUUCUGCUCCUCAAACACCAUUCAGUAGUUGAUCUGAAGCUUACCAUCCACUCCGUGAUUUUUUUCCCCUCUUAGGUUGGAAAUUUAAUGAGCAAUUUUUUUGGUUUAAAGUUACAUUUGAGUAAUAAUUGGAAGUUCCCAAAGACCUGGAUACAGUGCAGUCCUUUUCCAAAGCCAACAAGGAACGUAAACCUCAUUUAAAAUUAUGUGAAGAAAAGAUAGUAAACACUUAUAUCUGGUUGGAAUAAAUUUAUUUGAUCUGUAAACAAGGUGAUAAAUCAAUUUAUGGCAUUUCUUGGUUUGUAUGCAUAUCAAAUCAGAUGCAUUACAGAGACUGUAUCCCAGAUGUAAGAAAAAAAAAUGGCGUGGAAAUGAACAAAUCUGCAAAUAGGAACUGGAAAGUUUUUUUUUCCUUUUUAAU